CAUCUGAAUUUUCACACGGGUAAAGAGGGGCGCGCGGCUCGUUUCUGCCAGUUUGCUCUCUGGACGCAGUGCAAGAGAGAGGAAAGCAUAUAAGAGGGAGUGAUGAGAAAGUAGACGACGUAAAAGGGCACAUUAAGAAAUUUAAUUGUAAUAACCACUAUGGCCGUUCCUGCGACUCUUCCGGUUCACUCUGGGACUUCUGUGGUGUCCGGUAAACUCUUCAGAACCGACCCGUUCUUCUCGAGUCCCGCGGACUCUCCGCGACUGAUCAACUCGCUGAACGCGACGCUUCCGAGCGGCGUAGCGACAAACGAGUGCAAAAUCGUGGAGGUGCACGGGGUGAAAGUCGCUUCUUUCAACGUUGAUGGACAGGAGCUCAUUUGUCUCCCUCAAGUCUUCGACCUGUUCUUGAAGCACCUUGUCGGCGGACUGCACACCGUGUACACGAAACUCAAGCGUUUGGAUAUAAACCCGGUGGUGUGCACCGUGGAGCAGGUGCGCGUGUUGCGCGGACUGGGUGCCAUCCAGCCCGGAGUGAACCGCUGCAAACUCAUUUCCAGGAAGGAUUUCGAAGCGUUGUACAACGACUGUACCAAUGCAAGCUCUCGUCCAGGCCGCCCACCAAAGCGUUCCUAUGGGGCCAGUGUGCAAGACAGCCCCAGAAUCCUCCACCACAGAGCAAACAGCCUUCUGUCUCCAGCCCUGCUGUCACCCACAGGUCUAACAACAAUGGCUGAAGCUUUGAAGAUACAGAAGAUGAAAAUGAUGAUGAAUCUACACAAGACCCACAAUGGCUUAGAAUUCGAUUCAGAUGACCUCAACUCUAAUACAGAUACAGGAUGUAGCGCUUUGUCCUGGGAGAGAGAGAAACGUUCAUCACCUGCUUCAGAGAAAACACAUCACAGCAUGAACAGCUCUCAGCUCAACUCUCUCCAACACACCCAUCUACUGGCCAACAGACUGGACCUGCCCUUCAUGAUGAUGCCCCAUCCCCUGCUUCCUGUUGGACUUCCUCCUGCCUCUGUUGCCAUGGCAAUGAACCAGAUGAACCACCUUAAUACAAUUGCCAACAUGGUUGCCAGUGCACAGGUGCACAGCCCCGUCUCCAGGCCGACAUCUGCCAUCAAGCAAGAGUGUUUUGAAGAGAGUCCCUCUAUGACACCAUCCGUUGAGGGGAUUGUUCCUCAGAAGACUGAGCCCUCACCUCAACAAAGCAGUUCAGUUCCCAGCAGCCCCACACACCCUUACAUACACUCUCCUCAAAAAACAGCAUAUGACGUUCAUGAUGAACAAAGGGAGACAGACUCAGCUCUGCAUAUGAACAGACUUUCCAACGACAGGGUUGAGCAGAAUACAGCGAAGCCAACAAUAUUUGAGAAGGUCCCAGCCCAGACGUUUCCCUCAGGCUUCCCUGCUUCCCUCCUUUUCACAGACGGCCUCUCCUCUGUGGAGACUCUGCUCACUAAUGUCCAGGGUCUGCUAAAGGUGGCUUUGGAGAACGCCCGUCUGCAGGAGAAACAGCUUCAGCAAGAGAGGCGAGAGCUCAAAAUGGAACUGUACAGAGAGAGAGAGAUGAGAGAGAGUCUAGAGAGACAGCUCACCUCUGAGUUACGCAGUCGAGCCACCAUUCAGAGACGUCUGAAGAAGGAGAAGAAGGCAAAGAGGAGGUUACAGGAGGCGCUGGAAUAUGAGUCCAAGCGGAGAGGGCAAAUCGAGCAGGCCUUACAGCAGGCCACCUCAUCAGACUCUCUCAUACACGAUCCAAUCAGUCUGGACAUGGAGACAGAACGCUGCAGAAGCCCGGAGGACAACUGCUUGUUACAAGAAAGCAGAUCAUACACAAAAAAUCCAAUAAUAUACUAAGAGGAGGUGAACUCCCAAUGAGAGAGCAAGGAUGUUCUCCACAUCAUGGAUCAUCCCUACACAAAAAACAAUCAAAUUCCUAAAUGCAGUUUCCAAUGAAGAGAGGACUUCACGGUUUUACACAAUGAGCUAUGUUGGAGAAGAUCUUCUCUUUGACCCAACUGAUUGCUCCAUCCACUCUUAUUCCCAUCCUCACAACAUUCGAGAUUCCUCAACUGUUGUUUUAUCUACAUACAUUGUGCUUAAUUCCCUGUUUAAGCUCUUUGGAGACGGGCGACGUCCCGUUACUUGUUUUGAAGCCUUGACAUUAUCCCUUCAGGACAGUGACCUUCAGUCUAAUGCCCUCAGGAUGGGCUGAUGAAAAUGUAAAAAAAAAAAAAAAAAAAAAAACGAGAGAAAGAGAAGGAAAAGAGAUGCAUCUAGCUUGUGUUUCAUUCUUGUUGAAAGACUCUGAAGAGUGUGGAAUGUUACAUUUUGUUGCUUUUCUCUUAUUUGCCCAUCUUCUGGUUCUUCGGUUCAUUUUAUCUCUCUUUGUAGGUCAGUUUAGCUUCUUGAUACUGUUUAAAAUGUUCACCUGCUCUUCAGUUUGAGCAACCAUAUGUGCUAGUUUUCUUUUGUAAGACCUUGCGUUAUUUUAUUGGCUUUCAGUCAGAAGGAAAAGCUAAUGAAUGUUUAUUCUGUAUUUUGAAUCUUUCCUAAUGAGAAAUACAGUAUUACCACCACGUCAUUCAUUCAAAAGUUUUGAAAAUCCCCCUUAAUGUUUCGCCCUUCAUAUGAUACGUAGGUCUUUGGUUUGUUGAAACCUGUGGUUCCCAAGCAUUUACGGAGAUUUGAUUCACUAACCGUUUUAGCAUAGGCUAAAACUAGACACUAAGACCGCAGAGGAUAUUUGGCAUUUCCCCCAACAUAUGAGUCUUUAUUUAGUCUGAGAGUUACUUAAAGAGGAAAACAGACUUCCCGCAGAACAGAAGUUCCCUACUGCUUUUGUCAGGAUGAGCCUUGAGACAUCUUUCCUAUAGGCAUUUGAAUGCUAAAUCAUGUCUUGAAAGGUGUAGAUCGAUGUCUGUCACCGUUUUGUGCACCAGAAAGAACCGAGGACACAAAUAAACAAUGCUAUGCUCAUGUCA